AUGGCGCAAGACCAGCCGGCCGAGCCAUCGGCCCCAAAAAUCAAACCGAGUGAAAAUAGGAACGCAGAUCCAGAUCUCGCACCAAGACCGGCAGUGCCAGCGCGUCGCGGGUCUGCGCUCCUGAACUUCCUCUCCUCACUGCUGGGCUCGAAGAACCCGCUUGCCCAUGCUGCGGACUCACACAAGAAUACCGUGUGGUUGUUCGAUAACACCGCCUAUCAGCCUGUCUCGGAUACACCGCAUCUAGGUCACGCUGGGCAGUCAUGGCAGGCAGAGUUUGUCGUGUGUAUCUUCGAGACGGAGGGCCGCAAGGAUGUCGGCAAGCUUGUUGCUGCGAUCGCUGAUCAUAUCGGUAUCGAUGGUGAAUAUGGCCGCGAUGAUCAGGAGACACGCCAGCGUAUAGAGAAGCGUGUACAGCCCUUCUUGGAUCAGGUCUCUCCCGCGCGAACGGUGAAGCUGGAAGUGACCAUUAAUGGGGCCAAACAAACACAUUCGCUGGGUGGUUCAGACCGAAAUGGCAUCAUAAGCCAGAUUGUCAACCUCGGUGCAUCCGGAGUGAGCGAUGGCAUGGUGGUGAGCCCACGAGCACAGAAAUUCGACGAGCCGACGGCGACGAUGGAAACGCGGUUCGCCGCGCCUGAGGGUUGGAUGGUGAUCUCGGACAUUGACGACACCAUCAAGCGGACGAUGACACGCGAACCAACGGGUAUCCUUCGCACGACCUUUGCCGAAGAGCCUGUGCCUAUCGCCGGUAUGCCGGAGUUCUAUCGGCAUGUUCAAGACGAGUUUAAUCCGACGUGGUUCUACCUCUCAGCCUCGCCUUACAAUCUAUAUCCAUUCCUGCACCAGUUCUUGCAUGAGCAUUAUUGCCAUGGAACGCUUGUCCUGAGGGACUAUUCGUGGAUGGAUAUCAGCGGGCUGAUCAAGUCGUUUACCGAAAACACGCAGGAAUACAAGGUUGAUCGGAUGGAGAAGAUUCAUAGCUGGUUUCCCAAACGUCGGGUUCUUUGUAUUGGAGAUUCGACGCAGAAGGAUCCUGAGGCUUAUGCGGAGAUGUAUAAUCGUUACCCCGGCUGGAUCCAUGCUAUCGCCAUUCGGAAGGUUACUGAUGUGGAGCAUAUGGAGGAGAAGAAUAAGCCAGAGCGCUUUGAGGAGGCAUUUCAGAAUGUUCCGGAUUCUGUGUGGACUAUCUUCGAGGACUCGCAGGAGCUUUAUGCUUUUGUUGAUGGGUUGGGGAUGGAAGAUCAGGCCUUGUAG